AUGGAGUGUCGAUCAUUUGGCUUCAAGUUCCUCGCCUCCAUUGAUUUCGGCUCUGUACGCGCGCCGGCCCAGAAAGACUCUGCACCGAAUUGGGGUCCUGAACCUCUCAGUUUAAUGUCCCUCGGUGAAGGGGCCAAGCCGGCAGGGUCUAUUCUGGCUUUUGGCAAGCCGUAUGGGCGAAGCCGUCCUGGCAAACAUGGUAAACGAUACUGUCAAAUGCUUCUCAUGCAUUUCUUGAACAAGGUCCAUUACAACUGCACAACGAAUCCGCUUGAGCUGGAAAUGUACCGUCAGAUCAAGAACGUUAUGGGUGUCUUUGUACGAGUGCUUGUUCAUGGUGGACUAGGAUCGCCUCAUCUCUGCCUGCUCAGUGUUCGCGGCGAAACUGACCUGGCCAAUGCGAAGCAAUCUCUCAAGACAAUGAUUUGUUACGAUUUCCCAUCACUUUGCAAAGGCGUUUCAGAGACUUUUUGGAUCUGCACUUAUUUGCGCCGUUGCUUCACCCUUUACCGCCUUAGGACGCGCGAUGCCCAUAAGCCGUUAAUCAUCUCCAACCAGCUAGGUGAACAUCGAUCUUACCUCGUCGUUCCUCAAUCACUUCCGGCUCUUCAAAACUCAGUUCAUCCGGGAUGCUCAUCCAUACACUGUGGCUCCUGCCCCGCUGCUGCAUAUAUCGUCUAUUUGACCUACCUGGUGGCUGGUGAAGGCAAAUUCAUUCCCACGUUAUCGCUGAUCAUGAUCGCCGCAAUCUACGGUAUUUAA